AUGGAGGCCGAGGCGGCAGCGAUGGCAGAGAAGGCAGCUCUGCGCACCCCCAAGUGCUCCCGCUGCCGGAACCAUGGCUUUGUGGUGCCAGUCAAGGGCCAUACGGGCCACUGCCGCUGGAAGCUCUGCCCCUGCGACAAGUGUGCGCUCAUCACAGAGCGCCAGAAGAUCAUGGCGGCUCAGAAGGCGAUGCAGGGGCAGGACCCGGAUGCCCCAUCCAGAGAGACGUCUCCGCCUGUGGCCUGCACCCCGGUUCAUGGGAAAGGUCGGAAGGUUCCUGCAGUUGGCCCCAACACCUCUGAACACAGCAGCCACGUGGUCAUGUGUGAAGGAGCCAAGACCACCCCAGCAGCAAGCAGCAGAACCAGGACCCGCAGGGCACUACCUGCUCCCAGCUCCCCGCUCUUCGGGGACUUUGCCCAUCCUGCUUUGCCUCAAGAAUGUGUUGUCAGCCCAGAAUACCUAGAGAGAGAACCUCCAAAACUGUAUCCUGGGUACUCUGGUAUGUACUCAUACCACCCAUUCCCCAUGGGCUUUGCCAUCAAUCAGCCCAGCUGCAGAGGAGCACCAGUGUCUCCAGGGAUCCCCCUUCAAAGAGGUUUCAGACAUGUCCCUAGCAACCAUGGACCAGGGAGUGCUGGUCCUCUGUCAAUGCAAGAUGCAGGUGGAGAUUUCCAACAAGGUUACUACCCUACCCUUCCUCAAUUUAUACCUCCGGGCUUUCUGCCAGGGAUUCACUACAUUCCACCACCCCUGCCACUUCUGGCUGAAACACCCAAGGAACCAUCUGCUGGCACCACUGAUAGCCGGGAUUCUGGGGUGAUCUGUGAAUGCAGCCAGCCAUCUCCUCAGGAAGAAACCAAUGGAGACCAUGCCACGUAUUCUAAACACUAA